GACCUGCGGCGCCUUCGCGGCUGUAGAGCCGGCGAUGGAUGCUGCAGCGAUGGAACCCGGCUUCCUUUUUACAGAAUCGGUGUGAGGGAAGGGAGCAAAGCCGCGUUAUUUUAGGGGGACUUUGUCGCACUCCCCCUCCUGCUUGUAAGUCGUGUCUGGGGUGUGUGCGCCCCGCUCGCGGACCCCAUGGAGAGACCCCGGCGGCGGCAGCUGGAGCUCCUUUCGCGGCUGCAGCCGGCAGUAACCCGACCCCGCCGGCGCGGAGACUGAAGCAGCGCAGCGGACGGCAGCGAGCGGCGAACAAAAGCCCUUGGCGCGGGGCCGGAGCCCAGGGCGCGGGAGAUCCCAACAAAGGACGAGGCUCAGCCAUGGUGGACCCGGUGCCUGAAGAGGAGAAAGUGGGCGCCGAGCCCGCUGGCUCGGGAGAGGACGGGGCCGCAGCCUCGGUGCCCCCUGAAUCCCAGGGCGCCCAGGAGCCGGCAGCCGCCUCGGCCUCGGCCUCCGCAGCGGUACCCCGCAAGGCUGAAGCCCCAAGUGCAGCAGAAGGCGGGCGGCGGGAGCAGUCCCCACUGCUGCACCUCGACCUCUUCAACUUCGACUGCCCGGAGGCGGAGGGCAGCCGCUACGUGCUGACCAGUCCCCGCUCGCUAGAGGCCUGCGCCCGCUGUGCCGUCAAGCCGGUGGAGCUGCUGCCACGGGCCCUGGCCGACCUGGUGCGCGAGGCCCCGGGCCGCUCCAUGCGGGUGGCCACUGGCCUGUACGAGGCGUACGAGGCGGAGCGGCGCGCCAAGCUGCAGCAGUGCCGGGCCGAGCGCGAGCGCAUCGUGCGCGAGGAGAAGCGGCGCCUCUUCACGCCGUUGGGCCCCGCGGCCGCUGCGGUCUCGGCUUCAAGCGCGGGCAGCAGCAGCAGCUGCAGCAGCACCAGCCUCCCGGCCUCGCCCGCACCGCGUGCGGCCCGCAAGGCAUCCUCCAGUCCCUCCCCGGCCCGGACCCAACCUCCGCCAGCGGGUUCUCGGACGGGCAGGAAGAGCCACUCACUGGACUCGCUGUCCCGCCGGCGCGAGGGCGCGCUCAGCUCCGAGUCUGGCGCGUCGUCAUCGUCCUACAGCGGGGAGAGCCUGCGGGAGCUUCGCUGGCCGCCAAGGGCUUCGGCCAGGAACAGCUGUCCGGCGGGGUCGGCAUCCUCCGCCCUCAACCCUCUGGGCCGCCCAUGUGCCCUGGCCCUGGUUCCGAUCACGGGCCGAAGCUUCAGCCUGGGUGACCUGAGCCACUCGCCGCAGACUGCCCAGCACGUGGAGCGCAUCGUGCGCCAAGUGCGUGCCGAGCGGGGCCUGCGCGGGGUGCCAGAGCGCGACCGGAAGAUCGCGGCGCUCAUGCUGGCGCGGCACCAGGAGGAGCGCCUGUUGCUGGAGCAGCGCGCCGCGGCCCACGGCCAGUGGGAGCAGCAGCGCGUGCGCGCCGAGCAGCGGCGGGAGCGCGAGGAGCGCGAGAAGCAGCGCGCCCUGGAGCAGGGCCGCAGGGCCUGGGCUGCGCAAGUGGAGGAGCGGCGGGGUCGCCGCGGCCGUGAGGAGCGCGAGGUGGCGCGGCGGCGGCAGCGGCAGUACGAGCGCAGCGAGGAGCGGCGGCGGGAGCUGACGGAGCGCCAGGGCCUGCUGCGGCGGGAGAAGGCGGAGCGCGUGGCCCGGGAGGACCGGCUGCGCAAGCAGCAGCAGGAGCAGAACCUGAAGCAGCGGGAGGAAGGCCUGCAGGAAGGGCGCGAGCGGGCCGAACAGGUCCGCAGGGAGCGCGCCCAUCGCGCGGCGCGCACCAAGCAGCGGCAGGAGGGCCAAGCGCAGAGGGAGAAGCGGGAGCUGAGCCGGGCAGAACGGGCGCGCCACGAGGCGCUGAUGCAGGGCCGGGCCCGGCAGCAGAAGCAGGAGCGAGAAGGCCUGCGGAGCUCCCUGGAAGCCAGCUUGGGCCGCGCGCAGGAGAACUAUGAGCAUCUGGUGGAGCAGCGCACCCGGGAGCUGCGGGAGCGGGCCCGGCGGGAGGAGCUGCAGGGUCGGCGGGCCAAGGAGGCGGCCGAGCGCAAAGAGCGGGAGCAUCAGGCGCACCUGGAGGCGCUGGCCCGGGCAGGGGAGCGACGGCUGCAGCACGCGACGCAGGUGGCUGAGGAGGCAGUGCAGCAGAAGGCGCGGCGCGUGGGCCAAAGCCGGCUGGAGAAGGAGCGGGCUCAGCGCGCCAACAAGGAGAAGGUGGAGAGGGACGAAGAUAGCCGCCGCCGAGAGCUGCUCCAGGCCAUCGGGCGCAAGCUGGAGCGCAGUGAGCAGCUGUCGCGGGAACGGCGCAGUGCGCUUGAGAGCGCCCGCUCCACAGCCCGGGCCUCCUUCCACGUGCGCGAAAAAGUGCGAGAGGAGACCAACACGCGCUCCUUCGACCGCAUGGUGCGGGAGGCCCAGCUACACGCCAGCCUGGACCGCAAAUGACUGCAGCUCUUUGCCAGCCAAAUUGGCACGCCUAGCCCGGUGGGGCCUCCUUCGGCCACUUUGGCUAUCCGUGGGAGUCCCCCUUGGAGCGCGUCACCGUGCCUCUUCAGGCUUCUGACCAAUGAGGCAACGAGAGGAUGGACAUGUGGGACCUGUCAGCCGGCCCCCUUUGUUUUUAAAAACUUCGUUUGGAGAUGACAUAGCACAAUCUUUGCCCACAUCCACCCUUGGUGGCUCCUGCACCGGCCCUUGCCAAACUUCCCUAUGUGUUUCUUGGGCUGGAAUAGAGAGAAGCUGGGGGAAGGGGGCUGGUAGAGACUGGGGAGACUCUACCAGGAGAAAGCACAGAAGUGGUUGUCCCCACCCCUUCUGCAGCAGUCGCUCCAAGCACCUUUCUUACAUUGGUGUCUGAGACGACUCCCUGGCUCACCUCCAUCUUUCAAAAUAUGGCAAGUUGCACAAAGCCUCCCAGAAAAGCACAGCUCUUCCAAAGUAUCAAGCCACGCCCUAGUGACCCCAAAAGCUAUUGAUUUGUGUAAUAUCUGACUCCUAAUCAGCCACCUGAGCAAAUUCUCAUCUUAGUUCUGAUUGAUUUUCAACCGAGUCCCCAGGUUUUCUAGUUAGACAAUCAUCUGCGGAUAAUGUUCGAUUUGUGUCCCCCCGCCUUCCGCUCCUUAUUCUACCAAGUGUCACAGGAAAUUGCUUGGUUUGGUGAUGCUGUUUAGCUUUAAUGGAAGCCUCCAGCCCCUGUAGGAGGCAGUUCCUUCAGCAGCAGUGCUCCACCUAAUUAAGCUUCCUUGCAGGGUGGUGUCAGAGGAGGCGGUGCCUGAUGCCACCUCCCAGAGUGGGGCCCACUCCACAAAGACAGCAGCCAUGCCUUAAGAAGCAGCACUACCUUAUGUGCCUGCCCAGGCCAUUCCUGCCUAAAUCUCCAGCCUUGGAUGCAGUCUCAAGGGUGGGCCCCAGAGAGUUUGGAGUGCAGGAUUCCCUCUGUGAAGGAAUCGUCUCAACUGCUCUGAGGACAAUUAGGGUAUCCUUGGCUGCUUUACUGUGGUGGCUGGAGAGCUGGAAUUGCCUCUUUGUUGAGAGUUGUGCUCGCUAUUGUUGGCAGUCUAUCUCCUUCCCCCGCCCCCAGGAAAAAGAGAGUCUCCCCUUAAAUUUCCUGGUAUCCUCUCACCUAUGAUUGAAAGUAUUUAAUUGGUUUCUCCAUACCUCGCCUUUCCCAUCAGUAUUCCUCUCCUGGUACCACAAGUUCUCCUGGAUCCAAAGCACCAUGUCAGUAUUAUUUGUUGGCCUUCUUUGUGCCUUUCUUAACCUGGAGUUGGGAGGCAGGCAGACUGCUGUUAGGCUAGUUUGUUUCUGGGAAUAUGGAUUCCUGGUAUUGGAAGAGGCAGUGCAUCUAGGACAGAUGGUCAUUUAGCCUCUGGGGGGAGAUAUUUGUAAUACCAAGCCACUGCCUGGUCCAAAAGGUCGAGUCCAGUUAUCAUCAGGCAGUUUUAACCCGUGAGAGUGCUUCCCUCCCGUGAAGCUGAAAUUGGUCGCCUGCCACAUCCACCCAUUGACUCUGCCUUCCUCAGGGAAGGUGGAAAGUAAAACAUCACUUUUACAUUAAAUCAGGAUCAGUAAAUUAAAAGUUACCAAAAAAAAAAAAAUGGAAAAGGAAUCAGGGUAGAGAACUACUACAGUAGACAUAUUUCAUGUA